AUCUAAAGGGGGCCCCAACCCAUGUUACUGAAACACCUCAUAGGGAGUAUACCAAAGUGGCUCUUGCUUUUAAAAUGUGCAUCAACUAUCUGCCUAAGCGUUGGGUUGGGAGUUCCCCUGGGAUCAUUUUGUCCGUAAACCAGCUUAGGUACAAAUGGGAUACCUCCCAUCAGCAGUUGAGAAAACGGUGAUUUGUUAAGCUACUACCAGACAAUUGCCCAUGUUUGUGGUCAUGAAGUGCACCGAAGACAGGGGCUUUUCUCUGAUUAUCUAAGUAAAACGAAGUUAUCAAUUUUAUGCUAAUUUUAUACCUGAUUAAUAGAUCCAAUUAUUUUUGAUUCUCUGGACCUAAACUUAAACUUAUCCAAGUACAUGUUUUUGUUUGUAUUAUAUCUCUGACAAUGCAACUAGUUUGAUAUGCCAACUUGAUCCUUCCUUGGAAACUUUAAAAUUAUGUUUAACUUAAAGUUAACUGUAAUGUAAUAACGUCCUCUGACAAUGUAGGCUGAGAUGGAAGCUGUGUCACCCUACAUGGAGAUGGCCAGCACCUACCUGGUCACACCUUAUGGUGUUGCAGCACUUGCUGGAGUUAUCCUUGUUAGUGUCCUCUUGUUAGUAUUCAGCACUCAAAAAGAGAUAAGUUAUGAAGACUACAGCAAGAUGGCCACACAACAGCCUCAACCCCUACACACAAAGUCCUCAUCUAAUAACAAAAAAUCUAAAAAAGAGGUGCGACGCAGAAAGACGAAGAAGAACAAGACUCAGGAACAACAGCAAGAUACAGUAGAAGAAGAUGAAGGGCAGUACGAUAUAGUCACAGCUGAGGAGGUGCCUGCACCUGAGCUCAUUCCACUGACCAUGACAGAACCUCAAGAUCAGCCCAAGAAGAAGAGUAAGAAAAAUAAGAAGAAGAAACAGGAGAAAGAGGUUUUAGAAAUAGCUGAAGAAGAAGUACCAGAGGUAGUUGAAGAGGAGGAGAUCCCAGCAGAGGAAGCAGAACCUGUUGAAGAACCUGAGGUUGAACCCGAGGAGGAGGAGGAGGUUGAAGAAGAAGAGGAAGCAGAAUUGGAAGCUGAGGAGGAGGUAGAUGAGGAAGAAGAAGAGGAAGAGGAGGAAGAAGAAGCUGAGGUAGAGGAGGUAGUCGAGGAGCAGGAAGUUGAAGAGCCAGAAGCUCUGAUUGAGGAAGCGAUGGAGGCAGUAUCUGGACCAGAUACUCCUGAACCUGUAGCUGAGAUUGAAGAGGCUGAGCUAGUCAACGCAGUACCUGAACCUGUUUUUGUACCUGCACCUGCCCGACCUGCUGCCGAAAAGAAGUCCAAGAAGUCUAAGAAGUCUAAGUCCACAAUGUUGAAGAAUGAAGCUGAAAACUUGUUCCAGAUCGUAGACCAAGCCGACCUUUCUGAGAACGACAUCGAGACCCUGCUAGCGAUACUGCGCAGUAAAGAAGGAGAUGAUAACUGGGUGACUGGUAAUAGCACUGGGGAGACUAAGGAUAGUCUGCGGAGGAAAGUUAAAGAAGCCGAGGCUGUUAUCGCUGAUUUGGAACACACUAUCACCAUGGUCAAACAAGACAUGAUUGAUAACAGUGACGAUAAAGUGAAGUUAACACACGAGAUUAGGAACAUGGAGAAAAGACACCAACAAGAGAGAGAGGCUCUGAGCAACCAAAUAGCUACAUUCUCCAACCUGAGUCAAUCCAGAUCAGAUGAGGUAUCUCGGCUGAAGAAGGAGAUAGAAGACAGAGACCGUAUCAACAACAAUCUGCAGCUCCAGCUCUCCAAACAGCGAGCUAACCCUGCUGUCGUCAACCCUAACAUUGACCUCAAGAACAGAGUUGUGGAGCUCGAGGAAAUGCCGUGUGGGGGUGACUCGGCCUCGCCUCGCAAGAAGCUCAAUAGUACAGCUGGGUUUAUCUCACAAAUAUGUCUACUUCAGGAGGAGUUACAAGAAAGUAAGGACUCUUACCACGACCUUGAGAGGCAGAUUCAACAAGUUAACUCACUGGAGAAGAAACUACUGGACAAGGAGGAUUGCAUCGCCACACAGAAAGCUCAGAUCCAUACCAUAGAGAACCAGCUAUCUACUGUCUCCGCUACUGACAGUGCUCUGGUCGAGGCUCAGGCCCAAACUGUCGCUCUCAAAUCUGAACUGGAGAAACUCCAAGGAUAUGUAGCUGAGUACGACAGCGCAAAGAGCACGCUGGAAUCACAGAGUGAGGAAUUAGUAACACUGCGUGCUGAAGUUGACUCCCUGACUGCUGAACGCGCUGCGCUGCAGACCAAACUUGCAGUGCAUGUCGACAGUGUGGUCUCUACUGAACUUGCUGCUGCUCAAAGCGAGGUGGAAGUGGAAGUGGUCGCUAAGUCCAGUGAUCCUGCUGCUGAAGAUAGCGAUGAAGAAGAAGUUGCACCAGUUACUGAAGAAGCACCUGUUGCAUCUGAAGUUGCACCUGAGGAAUCAGAAGAGGCUGCCGCUGAAGAGGUUGUUGCUGAAGAGGUUGUCGCAGAAGAAGCUGCCGCUGAAGAGGUCGAUGAGGUGGAAUCCCUUAAGGCACAGAUCGAGACGCUACAGUCAGAGGUGAAAGCAGCCAAGGAAAAGAUCAGUGAGCUGGAGCAAGCUCCUUCAGAGAGCUCAAUGUCCAGCACUGUUGAUAUUUCCGCGGAGAUAGCUGAACAACUCCAGGUAGCAGAAACACAGUUGAUUGCUGUAAAGGAUGAGUACGAGUCUGCUAAAGCACAGAUGACUCAAAUGCAGGGAGAAAGAGAUGAGCUGAGCGGCAAGGUUUCGGAGCUUGAGGAGGCCCUGAAGGCAGCACAAGAAAACAUCGUUGAAGUUACCCCUGUUCCUGCCUCCGAAGAGAUGGAUGCACUGAAGACAGAGAGGGACAGUUUGAGCGCUAAGGUGUCUGAACUGGAAGAGAUUGUGAAGGAGGCUAAGGAGAGCAUUGUAGAAGUGGCUCCUGUACAACAGAGCAGCGAGGAGAUGGAUUCACUAAAAACAGAGUUGGAUUCAAUUAAAGAGGAACGCGAAGCUCUCAGCGCUAAAAUAUCAGAACUGCAAGCUACACUAGCUGACGAUCAGAAAUUACAAGUGGCCAUCAAGGACCGUGACCGAGCCCAGGCUGAUGCCAAGAAAUACCAGGAAGUUUUGAGUAAGACAGAGGAGAUUCUGACCCAACUCCAAGUUAAGUUUGAGUCUGAUCUUCAGAAGUGGGAGAAGGACUUGGAGGAGAAACGAAAUGACCUCAAAAUGGAGCGAGAGAGGGUAGAGGAACUAGAACAGAAGCUAGCCUCUCAGACCACAUACUCCAGCGCACUGGACACCGCCACUGCUGAACUGGAGUCCGUAAAACAGACUUUAACAGAGACAGAAGCUCUACUCCAGGCGGAGAGACAAACUAUAACAGACAUGGGGGAGAAACUGGAGAGCGAGAAGAGGUGGCAUAGUGAGACCCUUCUCAAGCUUAAUGAGGCUGAGGAUAAUCUUAGUCAGCAGGGAAACAAAAGUGCUGAUGUAGACACAUUACAGAAAGCUAACGAUAUGGAACAGAAAUGGCACGCUCAGACCCUUACACAAUUACAACAGGUAAACGGAGCUAUGCUGAAAAAUAAGAAUCAGCUAAUUGAGGAGCAGGAGCGAAAUAACAUGAUGAAUAAGCUUCUACGGGAGGCUAACAGUGACGUGUCACUUCUCCAAGAAAAACUUUCCUCAAAGAAUUCAGAAAUCGCUCAGUUAGCUGCAGAAAAAGAAGAGCUCCAACAGCAGAUGUCAGAGCCCGCAGCUGACAAAUCAGACUCGAUUGAAAAAGCAGAGCUACAGUCAAAGUUGGACCAAGCGUGUGUCAUUGCGAAAAGGGUGCAGCAGUUGCAAGAAGAGGUAACAGAGCUCAAGGGACAGUCAGAAGAAAGUCAGAUAGCGGAGUUGCGGUAUCAACUGAUAGACUUGUCAAAGAAGCUUCGAGAAUCAAACUCGACUAACGAAUUCCUGAAAUAUCGGCUGGCUAGUCAAUCGACAGACAAGAAGUUCACAUCUAUAUAAGAUUCCCGGUACAACAACACCUUCCCCACUCACCUAGCAACGCGUGUCACCAUAGCAACGCGGAGUUACCAGACUCUAAUUACCUAUUAAAUUAGGUGAAUAAAAUUAAAUAAUUAACUCUUUAAUUGGUUUAAUCAGCGCACACAGACUGUAUCUCAAAAUCAUUUGAUCACCCAUUUACAUUAAAGGUUAAAAGUUUAUUUUGAUUGGUUAAAUUAUUGGCUGUGGUUUCAAAUAGCUGAUUUAUUAAUUAAUUAAUUAGCGAAUUAUCACGGUAAAUUAAAUUUGUCAUGAUUGCCAGGAAGGAAGUCCACCUUCAGAUUCAAUAUUUUCACCAGCUCUUAACGUUCAAGUUACUACCUCUAACUAAGAGUUAAUUUAACCCAAUUAGCUAAAUAUUUUAAUAGUGUCUCGUGCCUGUGCUGAAGGCUGAGUUUGUAGCUGUAAAUAUAUUUUGGGACUAAAAAUCUAGGAAAUCAGAUAAUUUAUAUACGUAAUUAAAUAAUUGAAGAAAGAGCACCCAUGUUGUGAUUUCAUGACACGUGUUGUGACGUCAUGGCAUGUGUUGUGACGUCAUGACACGUGUUGUGACUUCAUGAUUCGUUAUUCGUGUGUGGUUUCCGCAACUAUUCGAGUAUAUAUUAAUGUGCAUGUCUGAUCAAGUGAUAAAAGAUAAGGGUUCUUAAUGUCAGGUUUUUUAUCUUGCACGUGCUUUGUAACGUGCCCGUAUAUGCGUAGUUUUACACUGUGGGCACGUGCACGCAUUGUGACGCUGUUUGCACGUGCAGUAUAGUGUUGUUAACAGUCAGUUUGUUUGGUUGAAGUUGUCGAUGAAGCGUUGAUAAAUUGGCUUUUUAAAACCCAGUUUUGUGUGUUGUUCGGAUUAUCAUCACGUGUCCUGGCGGAAACGUCAUGUCACGUGUAAUGUUGUGAUGUCACGUGGUAUGACGUCAUGUCACGUGUGAUGUGAUGAGUCCACUUUUUGUACUCUGUGUUACUGCCGUUAAUUACAAGUUUUCUGAAGACAAAGUUUUCUAGUGUGAAGAUAUGAGACAAAUCUUUUGACAUUUGAAUUUGUAAAUUAAUUUAUGAAAAUUGGUUUUACGCAAAA